GCUAGUCCUCAUACCUCAUCAGGAUCGUGGACCGACCGCUCAGGUGGACUCCCUCGGACCCGUACCCGCCAUGGGGUCUUGAGAGCGGGUUGGGGUGCUCGACGAUGAGGAUGAUGACGACGAUGAUGACGAUGAUGACGAUGCUCCACAGCUCCACGCCUUUCUCCGUCAUAGACAUUCUAAAAGCGGGACAACAGUACCCUCCGGGCGCCCCGGUCCACCCCUGCAUGCUGUCCGAGGACGCCCCCCCGGCGCCCUUCUCGGACUCCGGGCGCUCGGUCUUCCUCAGAACCCUGGACGAGGACGAGGAGGAAGACGGCGAGGUGGAGAGCGGGCUGACGGCGGACGGGUACCCGCACCCGGGCGCCCUGCGGGGGGCCCAGGGGGAGGCCCCCGAAGGCGUUGAGGACCCGGAGAGCAAGCUCGGCGGUCCCGGCCCGCCGCCGUCAGGCGACUACGCCGCCUCUUCCUCCUCCUCAGCCUCCUCCUCGUCGUCGUCGUCGUCGUCCUCGUCGGAGGGCGUCGGGCCGACGAAUGAGCAGCCCAAGCCGCGCGUCCGUCGCCGGCCCCGGGUGCUCUUCUCUCAGGCGCAGGUGCUGGAGCUCGAGCGUCGCUUCAAGCAGCAGCGCUACCUGUCGGCCCCCGAGCGCGAGCACCUGGCUUCGGCUCUGCGGCUCAGCUCCAACCAGGUCAAGAUCUGGUUCCAGAACCGCCGCUACAAGUGUAAGCGUCAGCGGCAAGACCGGGCCCCGGAGGAGGCCGGCCAACACCACCGAGCUCCGCUUCCGCCGCCGAGGCGCGUGGCCGUGCCGGUGCUGGUCCGCGACGGGAAGCCGUGCCAGGGCGGCGGGGGCGGGGGCUGGACUCCCGGUUACCAGAGCGCUGCGUCGCCGUACGGUUACGCGGCUGGGAGCUAUCAGGCCUACGCGUACGGCGCCCCGGCGUACCAGAGCAACUCCAGCUGCGCGUAUGGCGGCCUGCCGGGGGCCGGGGUCGGAGGCGCACCAGGGUUGGGGUCCUCUUCGGCCUGCCCCGGCGCCUUCGUUAACUUGGGCGGCCUGCAGGGGCCCGGGGCGCAGGCCCACAACCACCAGGGGGGCGCGUCGUGCCAGGGCAUCCGGGCCUGGUAGAAAACAGGACUGGGGACGUCACAGUGGGGGAGAAGGGCAGGUUUUGAAGCACUUGUACUUGUUGCAGUUUUUUUGUUUGCUUGCUUUGAGUUGCGGAGACUUUCGCAAUGAUUCCAAUAAAAAAAGUUUUUGGACCUGACUUUUUCUUUUGUUCCUCAUGUCAAAAUAAAUGAUACACCGCCAUACUUUU